UCUCGGGGGUUUUCCCUUCUACUCCGCGGCCUCGUGCCAACUUUUUUUUUUUUUUUCCCUCACGCAACCCACCCACGAACUAUCUGAUUUGGCAAACAAUUCGUCCAGGCAUUUCUUACUUGGUUUCUCGUGAUUCGCGCAACGACUUCGCAGAGUCUUGCUUAUUUUCUCGCAGCGCACGCAAGCUAUCUCAACCUUUUGUUUUAAACACUUGUUAGGACUCGCGCCUCGUUUCUACCGACCGCGAUCAUGGCGUCUACUGAGGUUUCCGCUACCCGGCUUUACUUGGGCAACCUGCCAAAGGGCGCAACCAAGGCCGAUGUGGAAGCCCACUUCGCGACCCAUGGCACUGGUGAAAUUACCGAGGUCAAGCUGAUGAAUGGAUUCGGCUUCAUCGAAUACAAGGAUCCCAUGGAUGCGCGCGAUGUCGUUCCUGCUUUCCAUGGAUCUGAUUUCAUGGGCGAACGAUUGACCGUACAAUUCGCUCGAGGUUCUCGCCACCGCGAAGGCUUCGGUGGUCACGAGCGCAGUGCUCCCCGACCCCGUCGCACUCCCCAUCGCAUGCAGAUUACUGGACUUCCCAAUGAUACCAGCUGGCAGGACCUGAAAGACUUUGCUCGACAAUCCAGCUUGGAUGUCGUAUACUCGGAGACGGGCCGUGACGGCAAUGGCCGAGGCUUUGUCGAGUUUGAGACCGCAGCCGACCUGAAGACUGCUGUAGAGAAGCUCGACGGCCGCGAGUUCAAGGGACAACGAGUCAAUUGUAUCGCUGACACCCAACCGGACUUCCCUACCCGCGAGCGUGGCGCCCGUUCUCGUUCUCCUAUGGGUCGUCGACCUUACGGCCCGCCGGGCGAGGGCUACGAUCGCCGUGGUCCGCCUCGUGGGUAUAACAGCCCGCGCGGCUACCGCGAUGAUUACCGCGACCGGAGCCCCGCUGCUCGUCGUGACUACUACGACGAUCGUCGUUACAGAUCCCCACCGCGCCGUGGACCUGUGGACGACUACCCAGCUCCACGUGGUCGCUACGAAGAUCCCUAUCGCCGCGACUACGGACCCCCUCCGGAUCCGUAUGUCAACGGCCGGCCCUAUGACCGGCCUCCAAGGGAUUUCCCCCCGCGUGAGGGUGGCUAUGGGCCUCGCGAGGGCGGGGGCUAUCCCCGGGAGGAAUACCGCCGGGGUGGCGGUUACUGGUAAAUUUCUUAAUUCAACUUUAUUUGAGCGACCCCCCUUACGUUAUUUAGAUACCGCGCCGUUUCUCCACGUAUGGCCAGACAGCUAUACCGUGGCAACG